AUUCCUUUCUUCUCUGUAUCAAGUUGAUAGAUUCAACUAAUCAGACUGGAUAAGAAAGUUUCAUUGAUUGUAAAGAACUGACGUGAUUGAGAUCGGUUUGGAUUUUAUCAUGAGUUCAUUCAUACAUCUUUUUACAUUACUUUUGAGUUUAGUUAAUGAGAUUCAUUCAAGUCCUGCUCGACAAGAAACGAGUAACUCUCAUACUGGUCAAGGAACUUAUUGGGGUGGAAAUUGGGCUGGUGGAAAUUGUGGUUUCUCUACUUGGCCACAACCGAGCAAUUAUCCAGAGAUUGCUAUUUCUGGAAGCUUAUGGGAAAACGGCGCAUACUGUGGGGCUUGCUUGAAAGUAAAAGGGCCAGGUGGUCGAGCCAAGGUUGGGAUCGUAGGAGAUCAGUGUCCAGAUUGUCCCCCUGAUGGACUUGAUAUGGAUCCCGCUAUGUGGUCAGCUGUAACAGGAAAUGCUUCUCCAGGGAAAAUACAGAUUACUUGGGAGGUGGUAUCUUGUGGAAUGUCAACUCCUAUCAAGCUCAUUAACAAAGUGGGAGUUUCUGCACAUUGGUUUUCAAUGCAGGUAGCUGGAUCAAAUAACCCAGUGAAAUCAUUGGAGAUCUCAACUGAUCAGGGUCAAACUUGGCAGCCCACCAAGCGUCAAGCAAGCAGUAAUUUUUUUCAACCUGAUAAACCUGCUCAAGGACCGUCUGGAGAUAUUAGAGUGACCUGUAGCAAUGGAAAAACAAUCAUCACUAAGAAUGUUGCUUUUACAUCUUCUGGAAGUCAAAAUGGAUCUGGAAAUUGCUGA